UAUAAUAAUAUGCCAUUUAGCAGACGCUACAGAGGACCACACUUAAAGCAAUGAAUUUGUAUCCGCUCUCGUUGAACUAAGUUGCAUAUCUUCCGCCAUUCUCUUCAAAUCUGAAAACGUUGUGGGCCCGAAAAGCACGGAAACAGUGUCCACUGUUUAUAUACUUCGUAUUUUGGCGAACGUAAUACGACAUCCGGGAACUUUUGGCAUACUAACUAUAUCCAUACUAUGACCAAUAAGCAUACUAUAUACUCAAUUUACGUCACGAAUAGUACGGUUAGUAUGAGUAUACGAACACAGCUCUCGUUUUUUCCCGGAGUUCACAGUUGUCUUGAAAGCGCAACUGUAUAAACUACAGUAUUCUCAUGAGAUAUACAAAGCAGACGGAAACGUCGAGCUACUACGUAUUCUCAGCAUAACUGUUACAUUACCGAUAAAUCAAAAACGGCUACCCCAGCAGGAAAUAGGUCUCGGGAACCGGGCCGGCUACAUGGAGAACGGGCGAAAGAUGGACACUGUAGAACAAUGCGACGAUGAUACACAAAGUAAUUUAUCCAGCGACAGUGAAGACACCUGCAUGUUCUGUAUGAUUGCUAAAAACCAAGACAAGGACACUGAAAUUGUGAAACAGGAUUCUGAGCUAGUCUGCUUUCGGGACAUUUGCCCCGCUGCCCCACAUCACUACCUGGUUGUGCCAAAACAACAUAUAGUGAGCUGCUUCUCUCUCUUUAAGGAGCACAUAAAGCUGGUUGAGAGGAUGGCUGAGAUGGGGAGGGCUGUGUUGCAGGAAAAUGGCAUUACCAAUCCAAAUGACAUCAGGCUGGGGUUCCACAUACCUCCAUAUAUCUCUGUACCUCACCUCCACCUCCAUGUCCUCGCCCCGACAAGUGAGAUCACUGACGACUUGGCACACAAGUUCACACCAGGCACAAUGAGGUUCUUCACAGAGGAUUUAUUGCGCAGGACCCUUGAAGAUGACCUCUGCCGAUUGGUCUGUACAGUGGAGCCAGAUCAUUAUCAUAUGCUUUGAUGCAUCAGUGGGAGAUGGCUCUUUGAGUGAGCUGCAGCCUGUCUGCAGGGUCAGAGAUGUGAGAAUGGGAGAAUUUAGCGAAAAGGGCUAAAACAUGCUUUUGUUUUGUUAUUUAGGGACCUAAACACAAUUGUGAAAGCAUAGUAUAGUCUUCCAAAGAAUAUCAAUAAAUAUUUUUUCAGAUAAGUUAAAGGAAUAGAUAGGAAUUUUUGUUUUUAAUGAUAUUUAGGAGAGGCUUUUGACACUUCCACUUUAAGGAUUCCUGGGGUUUGUUUGCUUUUUGGAGGGGGGUAAUAAAACAGAUUGGUGUAAUAAGAUAUCUGCUCCAUUUUCUUAAAACUCUGAAGUUGACUAAAUAAUGAAUAAACCUGAUCAGUUGACUUC